CUGUUGAACCUGGUCAAGAGUCGAACAUGUGUCCGUCGACAGAAGCCGCUUCGAGGUCUUCUCCGGCAUCUGGAGGGACGUGAACUUCUCACACAUCUUCUGAAAAGUAAAAUCAGUAAUGGAGUGAUAUCUCGGACCUCUGAGGAUGAUAGCAACGAUAGUUCCCCAAUGGCAACAAACAGAGAAGAAUCGCUGAGUUGUGAGCAAUGUGGCAAGACUUCUAUCACAGCAACAAAGCUAAGAAUUCACCAAUGUAUUCACACUGUGGAGAAACCGUUCAGUUGUGAUCAAUGUGAGAAGACUUUUACUCGCAAGAAUAAGUUAACAAGACACCAACUCAUUCACAGUGGAGUUAGACCAUUCAGCUGUGAUCAGUGUGGGAAGACUUUUUCUUCCAAGAGUAAUUUAACAACACACCAACUCAUUCACAGUGGAGUUAGACCAUUCAGCUGUGAUCAGUGUGGGAAGACUUUUACUGACAAGAGUAAGUUGAGACGACACCAACUCAUUCACAAUGGAGCCAGAACAUUCAGCUGUGAUCAGUGUGGGAAAACCUUUUCUUACGAGAGUACAUUGAGACGACACCAACUCAUUCACAGUGGCAUUAGACCAUUCAGCUGUGACCAAUGUGAGAAGACUUUUACUUCCAAGAGUACUUUAACAACACACCAACUUAUUCACAGUGGAGUUCGACCAUUCAGCUGUGAUCAGUGUGGGAAGACUUUUACUGACAAGAGUAAGUUGCGACGACACCAACUGAUUCACAGUGAAGUUAGACCAUUCAGCUGUGAUCUGUGUGGAAAGACAUUUACCUCCAAGAGUUCUUUAGCAACACACCAACUUAUUCACAGUGGAGUUAGACCAUUCAGCUGUGAUCAGUGUGGGAAAAUUUUUACUGAGAAGAGUAAAUUGAGACGACACCAAUUCAGUCACAGUGGAGUUCGACUGUUCAACUGUGAUCAGUGUGAGAAGACUUUUUCUGACAAGAGUACGUUGAAACGACACCAACUCAUUCACAGUGGAGUUCGACUGUUCGACUGUGAUCAGUGUGAGAAGACUUUUUCUGACAAGAGUACGUUGAAACGACACCAACUCAUUCACAGUGGAGUUAAACCAUUCGGCUGUGAUCAGUGUGGGAAGACUUUUACUUGCAAGAGAACUUUAACAUUACACCAACUUAUUCACAGUGGAGUUAAACCAUUCAGCUGUGAUCAGUGUGGGAAGACUUUCACUUACAAGAGUAAUUUAACAGCACAUCAACUCAUUCACAGUGGAGUUAGACCAUUCAGUUGUGAUCAGUGUGAGAAGGCUUUUGCUGACAAGAGUACGUUGAGACGACACCAACUCAUUCACAGUGGAGUUAGACCAUUCAGCUGUGAUCAUUGUGUCAAGACUUUUCCUGACAAGAGUAAGUUGAAACGACACAAGCUCAUUCACAGUGGAGUGAAACCAUUCAGCUGUGAUCAAUGUGUCAAGACUUUUCCUGAGAGGAGUAAGUUGAAACGACACAAGCUCAUUCACAGUGGAGUGAAACCAUUCAGCUGUUCUCAGUGUGUGAAAACCUGUACUCAACAUGAACAGUUAUUGAUCCAUCAAUGUCCCCACUCUGGUAGAAAGCUGUACCACUGUGACUACUGUGAAAAAACUUUCAAGCGCCAAGGGAGCCUAAAAUGUCACCAACGCAUCCACACUGGGCAUGAUGUGUACAUAUGUGAUCACUGUGGCAAACCAUUUGUACGGUACUCACAUUUAAAAGCCCAUGAAGUGAUCCACACCGGAGUUAAACCGUACCACUGUGACCUGUGUGGGAAGGACUUCAAAUACGUUUUUAGUCUCAAAGUUCACCAAUGUGUCCACGCAGGGGAGAGACCAUACAGAUGUGACAAGUGUAAUAAGACUUUUACAAGUUCGGGUUCUUUGAAAAAACACCAACAGUUCCACACCAGGAAGAGAACAUUCAAUCAACGUCACAGUGAGCAGAGCAGCACAGAUGGACAAAACUCUCAGACUUGUCAGCACUCUGCCAAUGGUGAACAGUGCUGUUGUGACCAGUCUGGACCAACAUCCAACCAACAAGGAACCCUACAACGACACCAGCAGAUGCACACUGGACACAAACUGAACCUCUGCCAAGAAGAUUUCUCCAUGCCGGGUUCAGUGAAAGUUCAUGAAGUCUCCCACAAACUUAAAGUCCUUGAGAUCAGGCUCCACAGAAUUCAGAGCAGCACAGAUGGACAAAACUCUCAGACUUGUCAGCACUCUGCCAAUGGUGAACAGUGCUGUUGUGACCAGUCUGGACCAACAUCCAACCAACAAGGAACCCUACAAUGACACCAGCAGAUACACACUGGACACAAACUGAACCCCUGCCAAGAAGAUUUCUCCAUGCCGGGUUCAGUGAAAGUUCAUGAAGUCUCCCACAAACUUAAAGUCCUUGAGAUCAGGCUCCACAGAAUUCACAUUUAAUCUUUGUUUAGUGUCUUAGUUAAUGUUGCACUUGAUGAGUCAUCAUUUAAUCAUCUCUCUGUUUGUGUUUUCUGAAAGAUUUCCUUAAUUUCUUCUACAAAAUAAAAAUAAAUGAUCAGCAAGUACAGUGCCUAUAAAGAGUCUGUCACCCUGCUUAGAAAUGUUUUCACAUGUUAUUGCUUUUAAACUUUACAUCAAUGACCACGGAAGAAACAAAGGAGGAAGGCCACCAAGACGACUAUGACUCUUAUGAAGGAGUUCCACUUUGAGCAGCUGAGAUGGGAGAGACUGUUCAUCCAUCCAUCCAUUAUCUAUACACCGCUUAAUCCUCACUAGGGUCAUGGGGGGCUGGAGUCUAUCCCAGCUGACUCAGGUGAAGGCAGGGGACACCCUAGACAGGUCACCAGUCUGUCACAGGGCUACAUACAGAGACAAACAAUCACUCUCACAUUCACACCUACGGGCAAUUUAGAAUGAUCAAUUAACCUCAGCAUAUUUUUGGACUGUGGGAGGAAGCCGGAGUACCCGGAGAAAACCCAUGCAUGCACAGGGAGAACAUGCAAACUCCAUGCAAAAAGAUCCCGGGAAAGCCGGGAUGCGAACCGGGGAUUAUCUAGCUGCAAGGUGAAAGUGCUAACCACUACACCACUGUUCAUUCAAAAAAGUGAAAAAAAAAAAGAUAUCAGCAAGUACAGUGUCUAUAAAGAGUAUUCACCCCCUUUAGAAAAUUUUCCCUUGUCAUUGCUUUUGAACAGUAAAUCAUGAGUGACCAAGAAUAAGACUAGUGAGGGAGGCCACCAAGACUCCUAUGAUUCCUCUGAAGGAGUUCCAGCUUCAGCAGCUGAGAUGUUAGAGACUGUUCAUCCAACAACUGUUGUCUGUUCUUCACCAGUCAAAGCUUUAUGGAGACAAAGAGAAAGACUCUGUUGGAAAAAGUUCACAUUAAAUCUGGACUAGAGUUCAGCAGAAGACAUGUGGAGACUCUGAAGACACCUGAAGAAGGUUCUUUGGUUUGACUUUCUCUUUAUACUUUGCUGCUGUAGUGAGCAGACUGAAAAUCCUGGUUUGAGCUUCAUCACCAUGAACUUACUUUGUCUUUAAAAUGAAAGAGUAGCUUAUACACUGUUCAGUUUUGUCUUGUUUCAUUGUUUUACAUGAUUGAUCAUUAAAUUUUACUUCUGGUGUUUCAUUUAAA